AUGCCUGGCGCCCCAGCGAGCUUCUCGGCGAAAGUUUGGGCGAUGACUUGGAAUCAUGGCCUGGCAAUCAGGGCCUGUAAUGACCGGGACGAUGGAGCCGACUGGUAUAAGGCCAUCCUCGUAGGUCCCGAAGGACAAGAGGUGCAGCUUUUCCAAGCUAGGCUCAUCGAAAAAGUGAAUUCGGAUAUGGAAAGCUACCUUGACUAUUACGAAACAAAAGCAGAAGAGAAGGAGAGAGAUGCAAAACAGAGUUUGGGCCCCAAGAUCAUGGAUGUUUUGCGUCGCUGA